GGACGCGAGACAAUCUAGUAAACAAAUGGGUCGAAGGCGACGACUACACAACUAAUUACUAAUGGACGCCGGAAUUUGACGAUUUUUUCGCUAAUUUCCUUCUUCUUUUGUCACCUUAAAGGCUCCUUCAACCACCCUAGAUAUGGCCGACACGCUGGUGCAGACAAACCUGGAGAAAAUAAGCAGCUUUCUCCAAGAUGUGCAGUACCGCUCCUUAAUGAUCAACAGUGCCAAUUAUAAUGUCCGGCUCAUGCGUGAACGCAAAACUCGCCUCCCAUUUCUCGAUUCACAGACAGGUAUUGCACAGAACCCAUGCAAGUUAUACAUGAGUGCUCGUCAUCGCAUGCCAGGAACAGUUGAGGGCCAACUCUAUGUGUAUCCCUCUCAAAGGUGGUGUUGCAGAAAAAGAUCAUACAUGGCACUGGCUCAUCAGUCCAUCAAAGAACCAGAAGGAGAUGAACAUACAAUAGUUACGGUGGAAAACCCAGCAGCUGUGAACACAGAAGAGACCAGUUUUGUGUACGAGACUAAGGAACCAUUCUACUUUGAUGAUACUGGAUUCUUAGAAGAAGAAGAAGAGGAACCCGAUGAUGACGACGAUGACACGUACUCAACGCGUGCUGCACCAACCAGAAAGAGGAAAAAAGCUCCUAAGAUUCCGAAACCUGUGAAAACUCCAAGCAGCCGUGGAAGAAAGAAGAAGGAUGCCCAGUCAAAAACACCAGUUGAAGGUGAUGAAGAAACUCCGGGAAAACCCUACGAGUGCCAACUGUGUGGCGCUCGCUACAAGACCAGACAGGGUCUCUCCUACCAUCUCUCGCAUACACACAAGGGGGGCAGGGCAAACUCUGGGGGUGGACGGUCCAGAGGGGGUGGCAACAACCCCCCCACCCCGAGGGCUGAUCCCGCCUCAGCUGGCGCGAGUUACCAGCCGCAGGCCUUCCAAUCUGAUGCUCUAGCUGGUCUGGCAGAGUUUCAGGACAGUUACCUUGGCUACCUAUCUGCUGGCCAAGACGCCUCGCCCACGGGACGAAGUGGAAGCAGUAGCACCAGCAACAGCAGUAGAAGAUCGAGUGGUGGAGGUGGGGGCAUGACUUCGGCAUUAUCAGGUAAUGGAAGCGGAUCGUCUAACAACCGUGGGACCAAAGGAAGCAACUCGGCCUGGUCCGGACUUGCUAAUGUCGGGUCACCGUCUGCCAUGAUGCCUAACAGUGGGACUCCUACUUCUCUUAAUGAAACAAUGAGAGAAGCCAGUCCAGCUAGUCUUGCUGUACCUGAUAUUGAACAGCAGUCAAUAAUGCCGUAUCUGGACACCUCGGGACCAAGAUCGUCCGAGAAACUUGUGGCCGAAAAUCUGGCCAUCCCUACUCAAAUUCAACCUUCCAAAUCUCCCAAGUCUCAAGGAGAAAAAAAUCGAGCUCAACCAAGCCCAUACUGUGAUUUCUGCCUGGGCGAUGCUUCAUUGAAUAAGAAGACUGGCGAGUCAGAGGAACUAGUUUCAUGUUCGGACUGCGGUAGAUCUGGUCAUCCUACUUGUCUGCAGUUUACGGCUCAUAUGAUGAUCUCGGUGAGGCAGUACCGAUGGCAGUGCAUUGAGUGCAAGUGUUGCACACUUUGUGGCACUUCAGAAAACGAUGACCAGCUAUUGUUUUGUGAUGACUGUGACCGAGGGUAUCACCUGUAUUGUUUGCGACCUCCACUUCAAGAGCCACCCGAGGGCGAGUGGUCCUGUGAUCUAUGUCUCCAGCAGUUCCACUCUAAAUAAGGCAGCUGCCUCCUCUAGUUGUUUCUUCCACGUGUCUCCAUAAAACCAAGGGUCGCCUGUCCCCUUUCCACCAGUAUCACUAUACUGACACAGUGUUUCAGAAUUAAAACAGCACAAGGUUUGAAAGUUUAUAUUAUUAUUGUUGCAACUGACUAACUUUAAUAUUUUCUAUUUAUACCAGAUGAAAGUAGAUUUAAAAUCUCCUUAUUCAUGGCAUAUUAUAUGCCUGAAAGAGUAUAAGAGGAGCUUGAAAAUAUAUAAACACUUCUCAUGGAUUGUGCAUUACAGUAAACAUUAAUAAUCUGUUUACCAGUCAUAUAAAUACUACAGUAAUUGGCUAACUUAUAAGUUAAUAUUAUUAGCUAUUAAAAUUUUUACCGAUAUAUAAGAUUGCCUUUGCAAGGCCCUCAGAAAGGUCGGAUUCUUCUUAGAUAACUAAUGGCUACUGUCAUUAAUAAUGACUGGCUAUAUAUAUAUAUAUAUAUAUAUAUAUAUAUAU